AUGUUCUCCAUAUUGAGAGGGAUCAGAAGGAUACGACAGUCUCAGCCAACAGCCCCGCUAUCCAUCCGUUGUCGUGGAAAGCCAAUCAGCCGGGGUGAACUUUUUGCAUAUACAAACGGCCAUUUCCUGGUCAAUGAAGAGCAUCAGCUGGCUCGACACUACGUAAAAUUCGAUGUCGAUGCUCUCUGCAGUGUAGCUGCGGCUCUGGGUGACGUUCCAUCUCCCGUGGCAAGCGUGAAGAAAAUGGAGGGUGGAUUUAGCAAGGCUCUGUUGAUGAAGAAGGAGAACGGUUCCGAGGUCGUUGCCAAAAUACCUUGUCGGAUUGCUGGACCUGUAGGGCUGAUAACUGCAUCCGAGUACGCAGAAAUACCACAAUCCCAGUUCCCCGGGUUCUUCCGUGGUCUUCAGACAGGGACAAUCCCUGGUGUCCCCUUGGUUCGUGUAUGGGGUGACAUGACAGAAUCUGAGAAAUUGCAGCUUAUUCAAAACUUGACCAAGCUCGAGGCACAGUUAUCAGUCAUCCGGUUUCCUGCCUACGGUGGUUUUUAUUCGCGCGACCAUCUACAGUACGCAGAUGAUCAAUUUCUACUGCCAGAUGACCAUGUUGAUCCAUCGCAAUCAUUUGGUAUCGGCCCUUCUCCUGAUCGUCAAUUCGACGUCCCUUCGGACCAUUCUAAAGAUCAAGGCCCUUGUCCGUCUCUGCACCUCCAACGUUACUCAAAAUCACCAUUCAUAGGGACCACAUUAGCGGAACUGGGCACCAUGGAUGAACAAGCUCGGCUCCUCGAGUUCACAAUCCGCCUAAUGCCCAUGCUAGACACUCAUCCCUUACUGGGCCAAUCUGCACAGCCUACACUCUGGCACACCGAUCUACACAUGGGUAACAUCUACGUGGCGCCCGACGACCGCACACAAAUAGUCUCAGUCAUUGAUCUCCAGUCCAUGUCAGUUAUGCCCUUAUUCCCUUGA